ACCCACAACCCGUCGUCCAUACCUCCCCUCUAUCUCAUCGCCACCCCAUCCAUGUCCUUCGCCACCACCACCAUCUCCCCGUCCACCAAUACCAUCUCCCUGUCCAUGAAAAUCAAUCGCCACCGAGGUUUUUGCAAGAAAGCACUUUCCUCCGAUGAAUCUCCCAUUUGCCCUGCUGUUUGAAUCUCCCACCGACCGGAAAAAAGCUCCUGCACCAUUCCGGCCGCCACAGGAGAGAGUUGGAAUCAACACCUUGGAGUGUUAGAGAGUGAUAUAAUAUCCAGUAUAACCUUCUCCCAACAACUCAAGUUAUUGGGAUCAAUUGAUUCAUGACAUGGAGAGGAGGAGGACAAGCAGGAGAAGGCUCUUCUUCCAGAAGAGAGUUUGAAGAAGAAGAAGGGUUUGGAAGGGAAAUGGAUGAGGUUGGGGGAGGGGAGAGAUUCGUGUGGUUGUGAGGUGCCGAAGCGACCGACGACGGCGGUGGCUCCUGCCUGGCUACAAUUCCACACACGAUGCGACAUCCCAAACUCCAGUGGCAGCGCCUCCCUCAUCUUUUUCGUCGGCGCCUUGAAUUCGGGGCUCACUAGCACGAAUAGCAGCUCCUCCGCCAGGAACUCCAACUACAUCAAUUCGAGCGGAUCGUAGCUCCAAAUCAACUCGUCGUGGUGGUGGGGAAUUAUUGCCUUUCCCUCGCUAACUUGCGGAUCUGGAAACCCAGCAUCCGCCUCUCCUUCACUCGACAAGUGGGGAGAUUUGAAGAGGAAAUUGAAAUUGGAGACUAAAAUUGGGUCAAUCGAAAUUGGGGAUUUCAAUGGCGGCGGCGAAAUUGGAUAGGGAAGAGUGAAUAUGUCUGACAACCCGAUUUUUACCUGGAUGGAGUGGCGGAUGGAAUGGCGUGAUAAGGCGGCGCCGGAGCUCGGGGAGCUACGAGAAGGGUGUUGAGAAAGGGGUGGGGGAUGAUGGCACUCUCUCUCUUUUUUAAUUAAUUUAUUUUUAUUUGCAGUGGUGGUGGGGAAUUAGUGCUCUGUAAUUUUUUUUUAUUUUUUUAAUCCACGUCGUUUGAUUGGGCGAAUCUAUCGCCAACUCAGCGUCAUCCGUUAGUCCAUUCAUAUCGUCAACUUACGCCGUUAACAAAAUGGACGGAAUUGG